CUAUAAAACCAUAUCUUCUUUUAUUACAGUGUCUUUCAAUUUUCAUCACUUUAUUACCAAAUUUAGUUACUUAUCUGCUGCUCCAGAGUUUCAAAAUUAAACUAGUAGUAUUGUCCAAAUAAAGAUCUUAUCCACUGUCCACACGUUUCGUAUUUUUUUCCUUGUUUAAACAACUGUUUUACCCCGACCAUGAUCUUUCAAAAUAUCUUCUUCAAAUCUUUCAAUCUCAACGACGAUUUUUGAGUGACCUUAAGUACUAAUCUUAUACGUCUUCUUCAUCAUCUUCAUCAUCUGUGUUUAUUAUCUGUUCAUAUACAUAUUUCCAGUUUAUCGUUUUUUUAAUUUUUUUUUCUUUCUUGGGUUUGUCAAAUUUUGUCGUUAAUCGAUGAAUUUGAUUGUUUUCAAGAUUACCCAUCUCUGGAAUCCACGAAAUUUCUCAGCUUUUCCGUGAUUCUUGGUGAAAUUUGUAAACUUUCACAAAAAAUUAGGGUUAGACACACACGCGAUGAGUCAUCAUCAUCGGCGAGAUUCCGGCGGCGAUGUAGUUCACGUGAUACCCACGAACAAUCCUCCGCCGGAUAAUUGGUUUCCCAAUCUCGGCGAUAGUGCCGUUUGGGCGACGGAAGAUGAUUACAAUCGAGUUUGGGCGGUGAAUCCCGAUAACAUCUCCGGCGAUAACAAUGGUCCUCCGAACAAAAAGACUCGAGGCUCUCCGUCGUCUUCGUCAGCCACUACUACUACCGCUACUACUUCCGCCGCGAGCAAUCGUACCAAAGCGAUUGGGAAAAUGUUCUUCAAGACGAAGCUUUGUUGCAAGUUUCGCGCUGGGACUUGUCCGUACGUGACGAAUUGUAACUUUGCUCAUACGGUGGAGGAGCUUCGUAGACCACCGCCGAAUUGGCAGGAGAUUGUGGCGGCUCAUGAGGAGGAGAGAUCUGGUGGUAUGGGAACUCCUACCGUUGCUGUGCCUGAGUUGCCGAGGGAGGAGUUUCAGAUCCCGUCUUUGGUGUCAUCGACGGCUGAGAGUGGGAGAUCUUUUAAAGGAAGACAUUGUAAGAAGUUUUAUACUGAAGAAGGGUGUCCUUAUGGAGAGAGUUGUACGUUUCUGCACGAUGAGGCUUCGAGGAACAGAGAAAGCGUUGCGAUUAGUUUAGGACCUGGCGGUUAUGGAAGUGGUGGGGGAAGUGGCGGUGGUGGUGGUUCUGCUAGUGGUGCUGGUGGUGCUGGAAAUAGCAAUGUAGUAGUGCUUGGUGGUGGUGCUGGUGGAAGUGGAAAUGGAAGUGGGAUUCAUAUUGUGAAGCCUUCUAAUUGGAAGACAAGGAUUUGCAACAAAUGGGAGAUUACUGGGUAUUGUCCCUUUGGUGCUAAGUGUCAUUUUGCUCAUGGAGCUGCAGAGUUACACAGAUUUGGUGGAGGACUCGUAGAAGGAGAAGGCAAAGACGGAGUAUCACCCAAUCCGGACACAAAGCAAACAGGACAAACCCCAAAAGGACAUUCAGACACAACGACACUUCUAUCUCCAGGAGUUCCUCAUAAUGUAGAUGCCAGUUACCACAGUGGAGUCGCAUUGCAACGAGCAACUAGUGCGGUUACACAAAAGCCUGGGAUCAGAACUCAUCAGAAGUGGAAAGGACCGGCGAAAAUCAGUCGGAUAUACGGUGAUUGGAUCGACGAUAUUGAAUAAAGUUAUCGCCUUUUGUUUUUACAUAUCGGUUAGAUAACUGGUAAGAAAAUUACAAUCUCCUUUUUAAAAAAAAAAAGUUUUUUACCUUUUAGUUUUCUGGUGAUGAUGGUACAGUUUGUAGAGUUUGUGUAUCUGUGUAAUCCUUGUAUCUCUUGUUGUGGUUAUUGUAUUGUAGAUUAUGACUUUUAAGAAGUUGAAAUAUCAUCUUUCUUUCUUUGUAUCUUUCUUAUGUCUACCAAUACCAAAAAUUUUAGAGGGAUU